AAUUCACAACAAAAACAGUGGGCCGAUCCACAAGUCAAAUCGAGAAUUGGAUCUCAAGUUUUGGGCCGACCCAUACGAAACAUUUCAAGGCGUCGACCACUUUAUAAACUCUUCUCUCGUUCCUUUGAACCCUCAAAACCCUAGGAAAGCAGCUUCCGGCAGAGCAGCAGCUUCAAAAUGGGUGCUUACAGUUACGUGUCGGAGCUAUGGAGGAAGAAGCAGUCGGAUACGUUGAGGUUUCUUCUUAGGGUUCGUUGUUGGGAGUAUCGUCAGCUUCCUUCCAUUGUCCGUCUCGCCCGACCCACUCGCACUGACAAGGCUCACCGAUUGGGUUACAAGGCUUCUCAGGGUUUUGUUAUCUACCGUGUUCGUGUCAGACGUGGUGGCAGAAAGAGGCCAGUUCCCAAGGGUAUUGUCUAUGGCAAGCCCACAAACCAGGGAGUCACUCAACUGAAAUUUCAGCGCAGCAAGCGUUCUGUUGCUGAGGAGCGAGCUGGAAGGAAAUUGGGUGGUCUCAGGGUGCUGAACUCUUACUGGAUUAAUGAGGAUUCUACCUACAAGUACUAUGAGGUGAUCUUGGUAGAUCCAGCUCAUCCUGCCAUCCGCAACAACCCGAGGAACAACUGGAUAUGCAAUCCGGUUCACAAGCACCGAGAGCUCCGUGGGGGAACCUCAGCUGGUAAGGAAAAUCGGGGUCUGCGUGGAAAGGGACACAGGUACCACAAAGCACGUCCAUCAAGAAGAGCCACUUGGAAGAGGAACCAGACUCUCUCCCUCCGUCGCUACCGCUAAUCAUUUUAGUCCGUAUUUGUUCAAGUUUCUGCGGCCAGUUCCUUGCUUAUGUUUAGUGUUUGCAAGACCAUGACAGAGUUAUAUGCUUCUUUUGUUGGAAAACAUGAGAAUUUUGUUUCUGUCUUGUUGAAUGAUAUGUUGAUUAGACACCCUUACCGUCAAGAUAUUAUAAUUUUAUUUGUAAUCCUUGUCCUAGCGCAUUCAUGUCAAAUGUUAGGCAGCA